GGUUGAGGUAAGCUUCUGGGGGCUGACGGGCGGGGCGCGCGCCAUAUCUAUGUGAAAACGCCCUAGCUCAGCCUAGUCAACGUAACAUGUUCCUUCAUUGGCUCGUUGCAUGCCGCUUUCCCCAUUUCCUUGAAAUUUACGUUGACAUCCCAAGCCCGAGAGACUGUAUAACUAACGUAGUCUUCAAAGUCUUCUGCUCGGUCGUCCCGACCCUGGCUUGAUGAUCCUGUGCAAGGCCUUGAAGCUAGCUGGUCAAUUGGUCGACUGGAACAUCUUUCUACCUAGUUCGAGCCUAGCAUUAUAUGUCUACGGUGCAUUCACAUAUCUACGCGUAUUUGGAGUUGAAGUUUUCUCCACAAUAGCAUGCGACAAGGGUGUAAGCUGGGUACAGGUAGCUACAGUUUUGAGAUGGAGGGGAAAGUUGGAUGGAUGAUCCUACGUCCAGAGGGCAGUGAGAUUAUAAGUCUUAUGAUUUCCACCGUUUCUUGGAAUUUUCUUAUUCUUGCUUGUUUACUUUGCCCAGCUUUCUCCAAGUCUUUCUAAUUGUUUCUUUCGUUUUCAUCUUGCAAGAUGGCGUCAACGAAGAAUCAAAUCGAUACUGUUGAGCAUGCUCAUCCAUCUACUCAUGUCGAUUUGAAUAAUAAUAUUACUGCCAAAAUCCAAAAUCCUUUGGCAGGAUUGUCAGAAGCUACCCUCAUCCGAGAUGUAGGAGAAUUUGCACAAGCCAACGACCUCAACCACAUCCUUCCUUUACUAGAGAAAGGUGCACUAGUAGCAUCAGAUCCAGAGAACUUUGAAAAUGUAGGGAGAUUGGAUGAGGAUGACAAAGUUGCUUUGAGAUAUGAAGCGGCGCAUAGAUGGAGUCAUCCAACAACGCUAUACUUGACAAUUAUCACCUGUUCUAUUGGUGCAGCUGUCCAAGGAUGGGAUCAAACGGGAAGCAAUGGAGCCAAUCUUUCAUUUCCACUAGAAUUCGGAAUUGGCCAAGGAGAUAACCCAAAAUCUCCAAAUCACGAUCGUGAUAACUGGCUUGUUGGAUUGGUUAAUGCGGCUCCAUAUAUUGGAUCUGCUUUCUUUGGCUGUUGGAUGAGUGAUCCCUUCAACGCCUGGUUCGGACGUCGUGGUACCAUUUUUAUCGCAGCUAUCAUUUGUAUAUUUACUCCCAUUGGAGGAGCUUUCGCAAAGUCUUGGGAAACUCUUUUUGCCAGUCGUAUAAUUUUGGGACUUGGAAUGGGUUUGAAAGGAAGCACAGUACCGAUCUUUGCUGCGGAGAAUAGUCCCGCUAUGAUUCGAGGAGCAUUGGUUAUGUCUUGGCAAAUGUGGACUGCUUUUGGUAUUUUCUUGGGAUUUGUUGCAAAUUUGGUCGUCAUUGAUACAGGCAAAAUCGCAUGGAGACUUCAAAUCGGAUCUGCAUUCAUUCCAGCUCUACCUCUCGCAGCCUUGAUCUUUUUCUGCCCCGAAUCUCCAAGAUGGUUGAUGAAACGAGGAGAAUACCAGAAAGCCUACAAGUCCCUUUGCCGACUUCGCAAGCACGAUCUCUUCGCUGCUCGUGAUCUCUACUUCAUCGACUGCCAACUCAAAAUCGAAGCAGCAAUUGUGGGUAAAACCAACUACAUCAGUAGAUUUGUCCAACUAUUCACCAUUCCACGUGUACGAAGAGCAACUCUUGCAUCUUUUACCGUGAUGAUCGCUCAACAAAUGUGUGGUAUCAAUAUCAUUGCAUUCUAUUCUUCGACCAUUUUCAGACAGGCAGGUGCUUCCGAAAAGAAUGCAUUGAUAGCUAGUUUUGGAUUUGGAUUGGUUAAUUUCGUAUUUGCCUGGCCAGCCAUCUGGACCAUCGACACCUUUGGUCGACGUUCGCUACUUCUUUUCACCUUUCCACAAAUGGCCUGGUCUCUCCUCGUCGCUGGUCUAUGCUUCCUCAUCCCUCAAGGUUCCACUGCGCAUCUUGGACUCAUCGCUACAUUUAUCUACAUAUUUGCCGCCUUUUACUCACCAGGAGAGGGACCUGUUCCUUUCACUUACUCAGCCGAGGUUUUUCCCUUAUCACACAGAGAAGUUGGAAUGGGCUGGGCCGUUGCAACAUGUUUAUUCUGGGCAGCCGUCCUAUCAAUUUCCUUCCCCAAGAUUUUGGAAAGCUUCCAUCCCGUCGGAGCAUUUUCCUUCUACGCCGGCCUCAACGUCCUCGCCUUCUUCAUGAUCUUCCUCUUUGUCCCCGAAACCAAACAACGCACCCUCGAAGAACUAGACUACAUAUUCGCCAUUCCCACCCGCACAUUCAUGCGAUACCAAAUCACCAAAACCCUCCCAUACUGGAUCCAACGCUAUGUAUUUUUCAACAAGAACGCGGUGCUAGAGCCUCUUUAUCGGUUUGAUGAAACGGCAGAUUAUAGAGCACCUGAUACGAAACUUUCGGGACAGCCGGAACAGAUUGAGAAGGUGGAGAGGAGUAGUGAGGGGGAGAGCGCGGAGAUCGCGGCGGGGGAGAAAAUGUAAUGAUGUUCAUAGAGAAAGGGAAUGAUGGGGUAGGAUGGGUCGAUAGGAUAUCUUCUAUAGGAAUAGAAAGAUAGAUAGAUAAUGCAGGAUAGAGAUUUAUAAAUAUGUAAAGCUGGAUCUGUAAAAC